GGCACUACCAGUUCUAUAAUUCUACUUUUUGUGUACAUACUUGCAGUUUAGUAGGUUAACUGUUUUGUUUAUAAUAAUGCCUAAUUGUGAUAAUUUAAACACCUCACUCAACAUCUCUGUUGAUGAUUUUUCACCAAUUGCCAGCAGUUCGCAACAAUGCAAUGUUACCAUGCAACAAGUGUUAUCGAAUACCAACAAAAGUCUUCAUUUGUUGAAAAACCCAGACAAAAACAAUCAAGAAACAAAGUUUGAUCACAUGUCAACAUCUGGGUUAUGGUCCAGCUUUGAGAAACACAACUCAAAUGAAAAUGAACAAGAAAUAACUUUGACACAGUUACAUAACAUUGGAUCUUCUAGUAUACUCUGGAAUUUAAAGUCAUGGAUUGAUGCAUCAGAAGAGUUCCACAAGGAAAUGGAGUAUUUAAAUAUAAAUACUAUCAAGAAACAAAUGAAGAAUUUGGUGGUGCCAUUUCUGGUUGCAAUCAUUGACAAAGAAGACUGUAUUCAAGAUACUUUAAAUGUUUAUAAUAGUGCUACAUUUAUUCUAAGAGAUCCAUCAGGAACAAUUAAAGCUGUGAUUUCCAAAGAUAUUCUUAAUGAAAAUGAAUAUCUUGUUUCAAAUUCCGUUGUGGUGCUCAGGAACUUCAGGGUUUUACAAAUUAAGAAAGUAUACUAUAUUAUUUUAAACAAACAGAAUCUGGAAGCAGUGUUUACGGGACACACAAAAGUUUCACUGCUAGCUCAUCAAGAACUUCCAAAACAUAAUGUUUUUAUAAAUACUAAAGAAACUACUGAUUUGCCAUUAGAAAACAAACAGAAUAAUGCAGAGAAAUUAAUUAAAACAAGUUCUGUUAUGCCAAAGCUAGAUUUAGAGUUAAACAUUGAAGAUAAUUCUACUAAAAUGUUAAAUAAUUCAGUAGUAAAUUGUGAUACAAUGAACAAAACUGCAAACGCAAGAGACAGAUUAAAUCAGACUUCUUUUAUAAUGCCUGAUUUAGAUUUUGAUUUUGAUGGUGAAAUAGACUGUGAUACAGAUGAAGGCAGUAAUCCCUUGAAAAGGCAAAAAAUAGAUGUUGAACAUGCUAAGAAAAGUGAUUCUGCCAUAUCUAUUGAUGCAAACUGCACUGAUAUUAAGAACAGUUUGGUUAAUGUGAAACCCAAGCAAGCAUUUAAGUUUGUGAAACGAAAAAUAGAAUUAGACAAUAAGAUAUCAAAUUUUGGAUCUCAUUUAGAAGAGCCACAACUUCAACAGAAUGAAAAACCAGAUAUUUUCAGUCAAGUUGGAAGUACAACUGAAAAGCCUGAGGAUAAACAGAUUGUCGAGCAAGUAUUUGAGGGGUUAGAUGUAUCUUGUUUGUUGGAUGACUUUUAAUGUUGUAUUUUAGUACUUUUCUUGAUUAAAUGUAAUUGUAAAUGAAUAA